ACUGCCAGCUUAACUGUUUAACUGCCAGUUUAACUGCCAGUUUAACUACCAUCUUAACUGCCAGUUUAACUGUUUAACUGCCAUUUUAACUGCCAGUUUAACUACCAUCUUAACCGCCAGCUUAACUGUUUAACUGCCAGCUUAACUGUUUAACUGCCAGUUUAACUACCAUCUUAACUGCCAGCUUAACUGCCAGUUUAACUGUUUAACUGCCAUUUUAACUGCCAGUUUAACUGCCAUUUUAACUGCCAGUUUAACUGCCAUCUUAACUGCCAGCUUAACUGUUUAACUGCCAUCUUAACUGCCAUCUUAACUGCCAGUUUAACUGCCAUCUUAACUGCCAGCUUAACUUUUUAACUGACAGUUUAACUAGCUUGUCGGAGAAGACGCUUUUAUUUUGUUGCUUCCGGUGAGUGUUACUCAGAUUCGGGCAUAGUACCUGGUCAAGAAGAGGCUUUCAGGAUCUCAAACAUCUCUCUGAGAGGAUUACCAAAUAUGAAAGCAGCAGGACAACGCAUACACAAACACGGAUAUAAAGGCAAAUUGAGGAGACCAGCAGCUCGGGUACCAGCGGAGGAUAUAACGGGUCACCUCUCGGACAGGUUGGACACAGAGAUGGGAGUGGAGGAGCUAUGACACGGACACACCGGGCGGGAAGGAUGGCUCUAACCAGCCGGGAAAUGAUGUGCUUGAUCGGAUCCGCCUGUCUCUGGCUGCCGUUGUUGGCGGAGGUGGUGGCUGAGGACAGUUACUUAAACGAGGUGCAGAACUCAGUGCCUCUGUCCUGCUCUGAGGGAUUCACAGAGUUGGGAUACUACAACGGCACCGUGUCUCAGACGGACUCUGGCGCCCCCUGUCUGAAGUGGACCGAGUUUCCAGACUACGUCAUGCAGUACCCGGGCCGAGGGCUGGGCGACCACAGUUACUGCAGGAACCCAGACCGAGAGUCCAACCCCUGGUGUUUCUUCAGACAAAACUCUGGAGCCAUCGGAUGGGCCUACUGCGACUGCCACCAGGGUGCAGCGCGUCUGGUGGGCAGCUUGUCUUCCGGCAGUGGGCGUGUUGAGGUCUACCUGAACGGCCAGUGGGGGGCGGUGUGUGACUCCCACUGGUCAGACCGAGACGCCAGUGUGAUCUGCAGGCAGCUGGGCCUGGGUGACAUUGGCGCGGCGUUGCAGCACUCGCAGUUCGGCUCAGGCUCCGGCCUCUUCCACUACGAGCGUCUGGGUUGCCGCGGUGACGAGAACACUCUGAGUAAGUGCCGGAGCAGGACGUUCGUCACCGGUGACUGUAGCCAUGGAAACGAGGCCGCAGUGGUGUGUGCGCCGCCGGAAGGCAGUGGCCCUCCGCUGCGAUUGGUCGGAGGCGAGGAAGACUUUGAAGGUCGAGUGGAGGUGUUUCACGCAGGAAGGUGGGGCUCCGUCUGCGACGACCAGUGGGACGACAGAGAUGCUGAGGUGGUGUGCAGACAGCUGGGUUUCGGGGGUGUGGCGAAGGCCUGGUCGUGGGCUCACUUCGGUCAGGGUUCAGGCCCGAUCCUGUUGGAUGCUGUGAAGUGCACAGGAAACGAGCUCUUCCUGGAACAGUGUCCCCACGGUGACUGGGAGCAGCACAACUGUGACCACAUGGAGGAUGCUGGGGUCUCCUGCAGCCCUUAUACAGAUGGUGUGGUGCGUCUGGUUGGAGGAGACAGUCCCUGGGAAGGUCGGGUGGAAGUUCUCCACAACGGCGACUGGGGGACGGUGUGUGACGACCACUGGAGCCAGCAGCAUGCAGACGUGGUCUGCAGACAGCUGGGCUACAGGGGUCACGCUGAGGUCGUAGCAGACGGGGCGUUCGGCGAGGGCGUCGGUCUGAUCCUCAUGGACGAUGUCCACUGUGAGGGAUCCGAGACCUCCCUGCUGGACUGUCCACACGGGAUCUGGGGCCGCACCGACUGCUCCCACAGUGAGGUUGUUGGCGUUCGCUGCAGGAGCCGAUCCAGCCAAGAAACCAAUGAAGUGCCCGUUAUCGCACCUUCCACUGGUCCCCUGGUGCGUCUUGUGGGUGGCAGCAGCAGAAAGGAGGGUCGAGUCGAGGUGUAUCUCCAUGGCGACUGGGGAAGUAUUUGUGACUCAGGCUGGAACGACCUGAAUGCAGCCGUGGUGUGCAGACAGCUUGGACACAGUGGUGGAGCGGUAGCAGCCGGAGGGUUCGGUCAGGGGAAAGGGCCCAUCCACCUGGACCAGGUGAGGUGCACGGGGAAGGAGGAGUUCCUGGGAGAGUGUCCCUCUCUGGGCCAGAGCAUCCGGGGCUGCAGACGCCGGCUGGACGCAGGGGCGAGGUGUGACGUCACGCCGCGGGAGUCGGCGGUACAGGCCAAGCCUCAAGAGCUGAGCUGUGGGCUGAGGAAGCUGGUGGAGGCGGAGAGCAAGAGGAGGAACCAGGGGGAGGAAAACAUGCUCAGCACCACGUGGCCAUGGCAGGUUUCCGUGUGGCUUCAGUCUCAAGAAGAAGAUGGCGGUCCUCUCUGUAGCGGCACUCUGAUCAGUCCUUGCUGGGCCCUGACAUCCGCAUACUGCGUCAGCAGGUUUGGCAGCGACCCGUCCAGGUACGUGGUGCGCGUCGGGGCUUCAGAGCAGACCGUCAUCCCGGAGCAGGUGGUGGUUCACAGGAAGUUCAAGGGUCAGAGCGGAGGUCACGAUCUGGCUUUGUUGAAGCUGCCCAGCACCAAGGGUCACUGUCUGACGUUUGACCCCGACACCAACGCAGCGUGUCUUCCUUCUGCCGACGUGGCAUCAGGGGGGAAUUCUCCAUCUUCUUGCGUUGUCAUGGUUACCGCUAGCUGGACAGGACCAGACUCAGUCCUCGCUUCCUGGGUCCCUCUGAUGUCAUCGUGGCAAUGUAAGAAGCACUACGGCGACAGCUUCUCCAGCCACGGCACCCUGUGUGCUGGCAGUCCUCCAGACACCAGCCUCCUCCAUGACGACAGUUGUCAGGGCAACUCUGGAGGCGGGCUGGUGUGUCAGGGCGAGAUGGGUCGCUGGGUCCUCACAGGGGUCGUUGCCGGGGGUUACGGCUGCGCCGGCCCCUCCUCUCCCGCGCUCUACACUCGAGUCAGCCGCUUCAGGAGCUGGAUCGAGGAGGUCACCAACACGCGAGCACAUCCAGAGGAACCGCACGCACACACAGAAGAUCUGACACGCGUUGACAAUGACCUAACACACACGCACGAGGAACACGCCCACGGCGAGGGCAAGGAUGAAUACUUCCAUGUGCACGGCAAGCUCAAACACACACACGAUCAACAAGAAACAAAUGAAAUCAGCGAUAUUAAACAAAAACAUCAUUCACACACAAACCAGCACGCACGCACCCACCAUGUAGAAAAUGACGACACAAACACACAAAUUCUGGUCUGAUUGAGGCCGUGCCAUUGGCUUACCAUCUGUGCCAUGUGACCGCGUAAGGAGGAGGAAGGAGAGUUAAAGGAAGACAAAAGUAAACUUUAAAAGAAAAGAAAGAUGCUCCUAACUUAGGUCAGUGCAAACGGCCGUCUCUGUGCUCAUUUCAAAUCUGAACUCAGUGUUGUGUUUGCGGUUGCUAAUCGUCGGACGAGUACAGCAGUGUGGGCAGACCUUCCCGAGCUGCCAGGAUGACAGAGUGUGUGGGCGAUUUGUGGUGCUUUACAUGUGAGCUACAGCCUGUUGAGAGGCAGCACGAUGACUGAUGGGGGGUCAGCAACGUUUAGGUAGAGCCUGGCAUGCUGAUCGGGGCCUUUCACUGAUACUGAAAAUCAAAAAAUCAGCAUGGCAUGUAUUUUAAGGACAAUAGUGUUAAAAAAUAUUCUGGGGAUAUUUCUAAGAUGUUCACAUAACAAUCUAUGCUAAAAUUCACUCAUUAAUGUGUGUCCUCUGUGUGUUUAGUAACAAAAAUCAACCAACUAACCACUAGAACAUCUAGAAUAAAGGCUGACUGUAAAUCAUCAUGUCCUUCUAAAAUUAUUAGCAUAGAUUAACCCCAAACUCCUGCAUCAGAUGUCACAGUUCGGGGCUCGUCUCUUCAGGCUGUUGUCUUAUACCUUUACUGGUGAAAGUGCUGUUUAGACCCAUGACUAAGCUAUUUAACACAGGACCAUACCAGUGAUUUUUCACGUUUUAGUGUGUUUAUUCCCUUUACCAAUGAUGUAUACACUACUGCUGACUAUUUCAGGCUUAAAAGGCUGUUUAUUAAUGGUUGAUAAAUUGUUUACUAGUAAUUUAUAGAUCUGUUAUAAAUGUUUAAUAAGAACAUUUACUAACCUCUGCUGUUGGCUUAUUCGAAACAGAACUUGUGACCCUUAUUAUUAAUGACUUAUUAACAUUUAUAAUGGCAGACUUGAUAGUAGAAACGAAGAUUCUGACUAUGAAUGGCUCACCAAGCAGAGAGAUUUUUCACAACCUGGCAAACCAAAAGCAAUAAUAUAUUAUCAUCGGGGGUACUGGCGCAACAGCUGUGGAUACCUCCCACAAGAGUGGCUGACUUCCUGUUUGGUUUUGGGUAUACCUCCAAGAGGCUUUUUUGUCCGUCUCCAAAUGUUACAUCUGCCUACCAAAUUUCAUUCAUGUAGGUGAAACCUGAACGAGGGGCUCAAUUUUUCCGACUUUGUAGGGGUGCUUGCGAGCCAUUUUGCAACAUCCAAGCCCGAAACCCUUAAAAGAACAAAUUUUACACCGCGUCUGAUAAGUGUGCAAACUUUAACAACUUUUCAAGCACCUUAAGGCCCUCAAAAAUGCAAAAAAUAAUAAGAAUUCCUACAGUCUCAAUGGGGCCUUCGCUGCCUGACGUGGUCGGUGCUUUGGCCCUAAUUAACCAUGAAUAAAGUCAUUACUUAAAAUUUAUAUAAUCCCUUUAUGAAGGGAGAAAGUGAUAACGUACAAUGCUCACAUCAAGGUCCGCAAUUAAAACCACACGAUGUAGAGAGACUUCCCCUUUUUGUGUCUUAAGUGUGGUGAUCUUCUCAAAAGUAUUUCCAGGAAGCUGUUGGUUUCCAUUGAUUUCACAAAUAAACUCUUGAAACAUGUAGAAUCCAUCACAAUAAAUGUUUAAAUCUGCAUUUAUUUUUGUCAAAGUCACAUCAUUGUUGAGAGGUACCGCAGUGCACUCUUUCUCAGAUCAAUUAAACUGCAUUACUUCACAACAAUAAUGGAGAAAAACAGAUGUGAUGGAUUACACAACUCAAGCAAGAGUCUGCUAAUUGAUUUCUAUUCCAAAGGGAAAACUGUAUGGAAACAAGUGGCUGCCUGGAAAAAUAUACACUAAGAAACUAAAACACUACAAUAUGCGUUUGUCAGCAGUUAUACCAAGUGUAUAUAAUCUGUUAUCUUUGUAGUUAAGGAGCUAAAACUUGCAAAAAAACAUUGGUAUGGUCCUUUUAAACUGUACAGAACAAUUCUCUCCUUUCAAAGCCAUUUGAAGCUGACUGUCGGGUCGUUAAAAAUAUCUUUUUGUACUGAUUCCAGCAGAUGGCUCUAGAUAGAUAGAUAGAUAGAUAGAUGGAUAGAUAGCUACUAUUCCUUGGAUUAGAUAGUAUGUGUUACUGCAUUCAUUCUUGACUGAAAUAGAUAGCCGAACUCUUGAAGUUAAAUGUUGUCUGUUCCGUUGUACUCUGAGCAGAUGUGUGAUCUAACCAGAAGAUGGCGACAUUUGCUGUAUUUUCACAGGGCCGUCGGUUGUUGGAUAACAUGGCCCUGAUGGUUGUUUUUAUACCGUUGCUAUAAGUGUAGGGACUUGAUUUGUGCUUUGAUGUACUGUGAACCAUUGUGUCGUGAAGCAUCUUGUAACCUGCAACUGCUGUUUCUCCAACAUGGACCUGUCCGAUGCCUGUUGUUAUAAUCCUGUACAUAAACUCAAUCCUAUCGCUACUCCUUCCCUCCUGAGAAUUGAUGUUUUAUCAUGCAGAUCCUGUAGGUUAAUGUAAAUACUGUAUGUCUGUGGCUGGGACGGUGAGGGGGCAGUGUAAAGCCUACAUUACCCGUGUUAAACCCGCCAGCUGUUCCUCAGUGUAAUGUGCUGAAUCAUGGUUGAGUAUUAAAACAUAUACCUGGUGAGAACAAGC